AUGCUGUUCAAAAGCAGCGUUGUGAUUACGAGCCUGUGUCUGCGGAUUAUUUUCCUCCUCAGCUCCGGUGUCUGCGCGAGGAAGCAGCACGAGGAUACUGAGGAUGAUGAUGGUUCCUGGUCGGAGAGCGUUUCCAGGGCGACGUGUUCGGCGCGGUGUCUCACUCUGCACAGUGUAUCUGUGCUCCCCGCACCGCUGGAGAAUAAUGGCUCGUUGGGCUGGUGUCACAGUCACAAACAGUGUGCAAAGUGCCUGGAGCCCUGCAAAGAAUCCUGGGAGAUGAAGACGAAAAGCAAUUGCAGAGAGCUGUGUGAGCGGGUGUUUCCCAAGAAGCACUGGGAAUGUGCGACCAGCUGUGAGUUCCUUCAGUCGGUGUUGGCGGCGAAGCAGGGUAGCUGUCCACCUCCAGACAGAGCCAGCGGCUUCGCAGCGGCCUGCGUUGAGAGUUGCGAUCAUGACCGAGAAUGCUCCGCUCAAAAGAAAUGCUGCUCCAAUGGCUGCGGCAACACCUGCCAGUCUCCGAAAGACCUCUAUAAGGGUGUUCCCCUGAAGCCCAGGAAGGAGCUGGGCUUUGAAGAACUCUCGUCUGGUCAGCUGGAAGUGCGUUGGUCCUCCCGCUUCAACAUCUCAGCUGAGCCUGUGGUCUACGUACUGCAGAGGAGGUGGAACUUUGGCAUCCAGCCCAGCGAGGACGCUGCCACCUCCUGGCAGGUUGUCGCACAGACUACAGGGCAUGGAGCGAGGCUCUCUGACGUUCGGCCUGGUCGCUGGUAUCAGUUCAGAGUGGCAGCUGUCAACACCCACGGGACCAGAGGUUUCACCACGCCCAGCAGGCACAUCCACUCCAGCAGAGACCCCUCCAAUCCUCCAGCUCCCACUGAGCUGAGAGUGGCCAGUAUGAGCUUCGGCAGCGGCAGGUCGGUGUCGGCCAGGCUCCAGUGGAGCAUGCCUGCUGACCUGGAUGUUCCCGUCCACAGCUACAAGGUCAGCUGGAGCUGGACUGCUGUCGGACAGCCCUCUGCUUUUCUCACCAAGAGGAGGAAGACGGUCAGAGAGACCCAGGUGGAGCUGGACAGCAUGCGGUCUAACAGGAGCUACAGUGUAGAGGUCCAGGCUGUGUCCUAUUGGGGACAAAAUCAACUCAAAGGACCCCGAGCCAUCCUUCACUUCACCACACAGCGCACCACCAGUACUGCUCCAAGAAUACUGGAUGUGGGGACACCAUUUUACCAGGACGAACAGCUCCGGGUUCAUGUAUACUGGCAGAGCAACACGGAUCCCUCAACUGAAUUGUACAGAGUCCAGUGGGGACCGGAGUAUUGUGGACACAACCAGACGAGACCGAUAGAGAAGAGCAGCACACAGGAGAGCUUCAUCAGCCUGGGGGGUUUGCUGUUCUCCUGUAAAUAUAAAGUCCUUCUGCAGCCGGUCGGCAAGAAGAGUCAUCUUCCGUCAGAAAGCACCAGCUUCUUCACUCCUUCCUGCGCCAACAUCCAGGCCAAGAGUCCGAAACCCAUCACCUGUCCUGGGGAAACAGUGUCCCUUCAGAAAGUCCUGGUGAAGGCAGCCAACCUGACGGCAUCCUUUGAGGUCAUGGAAGGCAACGUGACAGCCGUCUUUAGCUGGGAUUUGUCCACAGCCACGCCCCACCAGCACCCGACAGGUUUCCAGGUGACGUGGGCGGAGGUCCUCCCCACCAACCGCCACAACAACAACAAGCUGCCACACAGCCUCAUCUCACAGUCUCAGAUCCUACCCCCGGAUGGCAAUGUUCUAGUGGUGUCGGGCCUGCAGCCUGCCAGUCUGUACAGGCUGGAGGUCCAGGCCUUCACAGAAGAGGGUGAAGGUCCUGCGACCAGCCGAACCUUCCAGACUCCUGGACAGCAAAGCACCCGGAAGCACAGACCCAGGCUGAGGAAGCAUCCCCACAAACAAGCCAAUCUUUGAGAGGCACUGAGCCCAGACAGCCAACCUGCAUGAACCAAGUCCCUGAAAAACUCAGGAGUAUCAAGAUCCAAAGUGCAGCUUCACCAGCGUCAUGAUCAAGAUGAAUUCUCCAUUACAACUAGCAACCGUUUUCAUUUCUCCCUUACAGUGGACUGGGCUGUCAAACCAAACUACAGACAAAAAUAAAGUUAGAAUUACGUAUACUGGCAAUAAACUGGAUUCAAAGUAACAAUACCGAUAUUUUGACAUUCUGCCAAUCAUCUCACUGAUUUACACCAGCAAUAAGAGGUAUCCAGUUACUAUGACAAAAACUAGGAAAUCAAACAAGCUCUUUUUAGGACUAAUGCUAGAGUUCAUUAACUGCACUUGUUUGUGAUAUGUGGGUGUCCAUCAUCAUAGCAUGUUGAUACAGUAGCAAUUGUAUUACCUGUUGGGCUGGGUAUGAUUACAUUACGCUAAUAUGUUAAAGUUUAUUACCAAAACCUACAGAAUGAAAUCACAGAAGCAAAUGCAACAUCAACAAAACCGGAGGGCAGUAUAAAUGAAUAUCGAAAAAUCAAAGAUCAAAAAAUAAGUAACAGGUGUUUUGAAUCUGCCGACACAAUUUGCUCUCUAUUAAAGAAGUAUGUAGGUUUGAUACACUGGCUCUAUUUCCCUGCUGUACCAUUAUGACGCUCUUUUGGAUGGAAUUGCAUGCAAACACUCAAAUGUUUACAGUGUUGUCCGUGUCAUCGAGUGCUACCAUCAAUAUAUUUCUAAAUCUAAAAAAAAAGAUUUCCUGCAACUGAUUCACUGAAGAGAUUUGUUGUUUUGUAAAUGACAUGUAGCUCCCCUGUACUCUGUAAAUGCUGUAUAUACUAUUUGUCUGU